AUGAUUGAAGUUACUAGCCAGUGUGAGAUGGCAACGCAAUUACAACCUGGACCCUAUACAAAUAACAAGGAGAUGCUGAAGCUCAAGUAUGCGUGUUCAUAUUGUACGGGACUACGAACAGUUGUGGUUAGCUGUCCCGUCACAGCGGCCAAGAGAAUAAAAGAGGUUAAAAGGCUCCUGGUGGGCUGGGUUUCGGCGCAGGUGAGGCUGCUGGAGCCCCGACCUCUAAGGUGCUUCCGAUGCCACAUUGGGGACCAUGUGAGCGCUAAAUGCACCUCGGAGGUGGACCGCAGCGAUCUCUGCUUCCGCUGUGGUCAACCCGGUCAUAGGGCUAGUUCGUGCACUGCCCCGCUGCACUGUGAUGCAUGUGCAGCCGCCGGCAAGCCGGCUGACCAUCGGGUAGGGGGCAAGUCCUGCUCCCCUCCCGUCAAAUCCAGGGGCAGGGGUAAGUUCUCUGCCUCCAACGUUGACUCUGCUGUUGUUCCCGCCGCCGUUGCCGCAGUCGCCACCACUCCCGAUACUGCUGCUAUCGCCGCUGCCACCACGGAGGAGGCCGUGAUGGACUGUUAA